CUUCACUUAAUUCAGAAUGGAGGAAAUACGUAAAUUAGUAGACUAGUAGCUGUAGAUGAAUUAUUAUUAAGGUCAUGGAUUACAUCAUCUUCUUGACUCUUCAGUCUUGAGUAGUUCUUCAUAGUCCACCAGUCAAAUCACUAAUGAAUGAUGCUCAAUCUUCCAAGAAAGUGUGCCAUAGUAGUAUUUUGUUGAAUAUUAAAUGUACAAAUAAACCAUUAUUCAAUCCCAUAUACUAUACAGUUCAAAACUAAAAUUUCUUCUGUUUUACAUCAAUGGAGAAAAUAGUACUUUACCCAUCACCAGGCAUAGUUCACUUAACCUCUAUGGUAGAGCUUGGAAAACUCCUCCUAACUCACUCAUCAUCUAUCUCUUCCAUUAUCAUUCUUAUCCCAAAUAAUCUCCCUUCUAUUACUAGCUCUUACUCUUCUUACAUCUCUUCUGUGUCUUUAUCUUUUCCUUCAAUCACCUUCAUUUCUCUCCCUUCUGUUCCUCUCUUAAACCCUUCAAACUACGAAGAUCAACAACAACUCACUUUGGAAACAAUUCGCAAUAACAACUCUAAUGUUCUACAAUCCCUCCAAUCACUAUCUGUGUCAUCUCCAAUUUCUGCAUUUAUUCUUAGUUACCCUACUCUUGAAAUCUCUCGAUCCCUUAAUAUACCCACUUUCUUUUUCUUCACUUCUAGUGCUUCAGCUCUUGCUUUCUUCCUUAACUUCCCGGUAUUCGACAAAAUCACCUCUGAGCCUUAUAGGAAUCUAAAGGUUUCGUUUGAGAUUCCUGGGUUGUUUUCUGUUCCUGCUGAUCAUAUGAUAGAGCCUAUGCUUGAUCGUGGUGUUAGUUAUUAUGAGUUCAUUAAGAUGGCUGAAACUUUGCCUAAAUGUGAUGGGAUUAUUAUUAAUACUUUUGAGUCAUUGGAGGUUAAAGCUAUGAAGGCUUUGAAACAGGGAACUUGUCUCCCUAAUACUCCACUUCCUCCAGUUUAUUGCAUUGGUCCUUUUAUUGAGAAUCACGGUGAUAAUAGUGGGGAGAAUAAAGAUGAAAAUCAAAGACACGAGUGUCUUAAGUGGCUUGACUCACAACCUAGUAAAAGUGUGGUGUAUUUGGCUUUUGGGAGUAAAGGUGUGUUUUCUAAGGAGCAACUAUUGGAGAUAGCCUUUGGGUUGGAAAAGAGUGGAGUGAGAUUUUUGUGGGCUGUUCGGGCACCAUCUAGUCAGUUUGAAUCGGAUUUGGAUUCGAUACUUCCAAAUGGGUUUUUGGAAAGGACUAAAGAUAGGGGUUAUAUAGUCAAGAUGUGGGCACCACAAAUUGCGGUGUUGGGUCAUGAGUCGGUGGGUGGAUUUGUAACUCAUUGUGGAUGGAAAUCGACUAUAGAGGCGGUUAAUGCUGGGGUGCCUUUAGUAGCAUGGCCACUCUAUGCCGAGCAAAGAUUUAAUAAGAUCUCGCUUGUGGAGGAAAUAGGGAUUGCAUUACCAAUGAAUGAGUCUGAAGAUCGAUUUGUGAGUUCGAGUGAGAUUGAAAAGCGAGUUAAGCAAAUUUUGGACUCAAAAGAUGGGGAUGUGAUAAGGAAACGAAUAUUGGAUCUGAAAGCUAAGGCUAGGAAUGCACUCAAUGAAGGAGGCUCAUCUUAUGCGGCAUUGACUACAUUUGUGGAAUCAUGGAAAUUGUAAAGUGUUAUUUAUAGUAUGCAUAUUGGAGGCUUUGGAGCUUACUAAAAUUUAAAGCUAUUAGUAAUUGUUGUCUUUAACUUAUGACUAUAUAUAGUAAUGUUGUAUGACUUUCGAUAAAUAAUAUAUUUUUUCCUAUAGAAAA